UAUGGCCGCCAGGACCUGUUAUAGUCGUCAUAUCCGGUCCGUGCGCUAAGAAACAGUCCCAUAUGUAGCCCUGGCUUCCGGUGAAGCCUCCUUUUCGGCAGCGGCUUUUUCCUCGCCAACAUGCCACUCGCAAAAGACUUGUUGCACCCAACCCCUGAGGAGGAGAAGAGGAGGCACAAGAAGAAGCGCCUUGUUCAGAGUCCUAACUCUUACUUUAUGGAUGUGAAAUGUCCAGGAUGCUACAAGAUCACGACGGUGUUCAGCCAUGCCCAGACGGUUGUCUUGUGUGUUGGCUGCUCAACAGUCCUGUGUCAGCCCACCGGAGGCAAAGCACGUCUCACAGAGGGCUGCUCAUUCAGGAGGAAGCAGCACUAGCUUUUCUCCACAAAGCUUGAGGUGGAGAGGAGGGGACGGACCGGUAGAUAUCAGCGUCAUGACCUCACAGUCUGAUCACGAAAUGAGACCUGAAGAUGAUGCAGACCACGGAUGAAUUUCUGUAUUUUCACGUUGACAGUUUGGUGGUUGCUGUAACUCCACCCUCCAACCCUGUCUCUCUUUAAUAAAAAAUGUUUUGGCUAAAAGACAA